AUGGCUGCUACUGGUCCAAACCAUGGCAAGGUCUCUCCUCGUGAUCAAGGCCCGGGUGCGACUCCAUCUCAGAACAAUGGCGCAACUGCGUCUCAGAACAUGGGCGGAACUCCUCAGGCUACGGAAUUCGCAGUGGACCGAAUCUUGUCUGACGAGCCUCACCCGAACAAGCAACUUACCUUCAUCCGUUUCGGCCGCCUACCUGCUGAGAUCCGCAACAUGGUCUGGCAUGAGGCACUUGCGCCCCGCGUCAUCAUGAUCUACCCACGCGUUGGCAGCACCCAGACCAAGUCUCCCGACCAGGUUGACUGGAAGAAGAUCCCCGGCAUACUCUUCGCCUGCAAGGAGAGCCGGGAUAUCGCCAAGCCCUAUUACCAGCAGAAAUUCACGCUGGUAUUCACCAGGGCGCUGAGCACCAUCGUCAUGUGCCAGAUACCAAUCAUCAUGUCUAAGGACGACGAGCUCGCAAUAUCCGCAACCUACCUUUCCACCAGGUUUGGAGACCACGAUGUCACACAAGUCACUGUGAAGGCAGCAGAGGGAGCACCAGAGCCCCGCAUCGACCGCCUCUCGCUGCUCGGAAACAGCCUCCUCCGAGAGGGUAUCGACCAGGAGCAGCUAGCGCACCUGCUGAAGACAUUUUCUGGCGCUUGGGGCCUUACCGACCACAUCAGCCCGCCCUCUACCUGGACCACCAGAUGGAGCCCUUUCGGCAAGCAGCCUGACCCCAAGACGCUAGGUCGAUAUCUGGGAGACGUCGAGGACGUCUGCAUUCAAAGCCAGACCGCUGGUGACGUCCGAAAUGACGCAGAUUGGCUCUGGAUGGCCUUCAACUUCUGGUGCUUUGACUCAACCCUUGCGAACGAAUGGGACUAUGUCGAUGCUUGGAUUUCCGAGAACCCCGUGCCGUACCUUGGAGAGGAGGAGGAGAAGAAGGAGGAGGAUGGGGAGUAA